GACGAGUUAAUUACGACCUUUUCUGUUAGUUACUUGAAAAGAGCUUUCCUAGUUUAGAAGAUGCGUGUCUCCGUGUUGGCAAGCUUGGUGCUGGCGGUGUCCCUGGUGGCACUCUUCGCCCCGCAGUGCCAGGCUCAAGGGUGGGAGGCUGUGGCAGCGGCCGUCGCCAGCAAGAUUGUUGGGCUGUGGAGGAACGAGAAAACUGAACUCCUGGGCCACGAGUGCAAGUUCACCGUCAAGCCGUACAUUAAGAGGUUCCAGUUGAACUACAAGGGGAGGAUGUGGUGCCCAGGCUGGACGGCCAUCAGAGGAGAAGCCAGAACACGCAGUCACUCCGGGGUGGCUGGACGGACAGCUCAAGACUUCGUUCGGAAAGCUUUCCAGAAAGGUCUCAUCUCUCAACAGGAGGCCAACCAGUGGCUUAACUCAUAGGCCCUUUGCUCUACGAAGAGUUACCAGUGCUCAGCCGCAGUCGGCAAUGGAGGCUCUACCAUUAUGAUCUCUUCUGUGAAGGCAUUCAUUAUGUUAAAAUUUUGCUGUGCACAAAAUAAUAUAUCAGAAACUUGUCAUAAUCUAUCUUAGAAGGAUUCUUAGACUCUGCUGUCAUUAACGCACAGUAAAUUCUUUGAAACGUGACUGAUGUUAGUAAACGACAACUUGUCAAAAUCGUAUUUUAUUAUACUGGGUCUUAUUGAUGUUAAGAAAAAUAAUUUGGGAACAUAAAAGAAAACAGAAUUUAGAUAAUAGACAUUGUGGCAUCCAUUACAAUACAUUUCAUAAUUACCAUUACCAUAGCUGUGUAUGUAGACUAUCUGCAUGACACGAGACGGAAGGAAAACAACAAAACCCAAUGUUCAACGAAUUGCAUUAAAAAAGAGAAACCAAAGAAUGGAAAAAAAGUAAUGCAUGGGAAAUGUGUAACAAUAAAGGUUAAUAUCAUUAGGUCUAACGACAUAAAGAAAAGGAGAAGUACGUAUUAUCAUCAUAAGUCAGCAAUGUCUUUUUGAAACUGUUUCACUUUUCAAUAUGUCUAGAUUGUGCAUUUGUCUAUCAAGAGUAUUACUGGACGUAUGCAUUUGAACGCUGUUUGUACAUUUGAUUAAUGCUACAUAAGUAAAAUAGUCGGUAUUAUCAAUGAAAGUAACGGUACAUUAAUAACUCUCACAAUAAAAUAUACUCUGUACCCUGAAAUGAAGUUGUUAAACAUUGUGAUUCAAAUAAUGAGAAUGUAAUCUAGAGUUCGAACCACAAUAAAAUAUCUACAGUACUUUACAA